CGUGCUGACCCGUGCCAUGCCGUGCCAGCCGGUGGAGGUGAGCGGGGCCAUCGAGGAGGAGUUCACCGUGGCCCGGCUCUACAUCAGCAAGAUCAAGUCGGAGGUGAAGUCGGUGGUGAAGCGGUGCCGGCAGCUGGAGAACCUGCAGGUGGAAUGCCACCGCAAGAUGGAGGUGACGGGGCGCGAGCUCUCCUCCUGCCAGCUCCUCAUCUCCCAGCACGAGGCGAAGAUCCGCUCGCUCACCGAGUACAUGCAGAACGUGGAGCUGAAGAAGCGGAACCUGGAGGAGUCCUACGACGCCCUGAGCGAGGAGCUGGCCCGGCUGCAGGCCCAGGGUGGGGGCACGUGGGGGGGGGGCU